AAGUGUUGUGUCAACACAAUAAAGAAAAGCCCAAAGGCCUGUAGGUUGGCCCUCAGCUGUGUGCCUGUCUGUGAGUGCGCGAGCUUCUUGGAGACCUGGGUCUUGUACUGUGGGUGCCAGGGUAAUAAUCAGUGAUGUUUCUGUGCUGGGUAGAGGGGUGGAAGGGCACAAGUGCCCCAUGGCUCUGCCGCCAGGGGGAGCCCUUGAGAACCUGGCGGGAGCGCGCCACGUGCCUGUAGAAACUGGCGCAGGCGUCGUGGCGACACCUGAGGGAGGCUAAGACUUGGGCGCCUCGCCCAUGUAGUCAGGGCCACACGCGGGCACAGUGGUGGGUAUUGCCUGGCGCUCCACCACACACAGAAUGCUGCCCUGGCUUGGACCGUGGGGCACAGGCCAGGAGGAGGCAACCGAGGAGGCAGGCCGUGACCACGGCCGGGGCUGGAGCUCCGCACAGGAAACCAUGCAAGAGCCAGGGACGCCCGUGCAGGACAGUCCACAGCCCCAGGCCCUCAGCCCACCCGAGACCGGAAGAAAGCUGCCGCCGCCCUCCAAUCACCUGGCUCCUGAGCGGACUGCGGAAGCCCCAGAACCCCUUCCUCCCCAGAUGACUUCCCAGGUCACCCCCUCAAGGAUGACCCCGCUGCCACUUCGGGACCCCAGCUACAAGGCUAAUGCAAGACCUCAGCUGGUGGGGGCCAGCUGUGCAUCAGGCGGACAAGCAUCAUUGUCCGGCAGGACACUGUGUCAUCCUUCCUGGCCUAUGUACGAUGCCUGGGGCAGCAUCCCUACCUCGGGGCAUCCAGAAGAAGCCCAAGUGUCCAAGGAUACAGGGCUCCCAGUGACAAGCUGUGAAGAUGUCUUUCUCCUGGACCCUCUGCUACCCUGUGGGCAGCGUGUCCCCCUAUACCUGUCCAAGCCCCCUCAGCAGGCAAUGGGUGCUCGGAAGCUGCUGCUGCCACCUCCCAUCAUGUCCUCCUCUGUGUGUGCCUCCUCAUCGCAGGCCUGCUCCUCCACCUGGCUCACCGAGGCAGAGGUGACCGCCCUGACUGGCCUGCUGCAGAUGAGCCAGGGCGAGCUGAGGGCUAACUCAAGCCCUCUGACCGCUAUCAGCUGCUCAGACCCUGGCUCUGCCUCUGAAGACCCAGGCCCCAGUGGUGGCCAGAGCUGCUCUGGAAGCACUGACCCAUGUCCCACACAGACCCCAGAUACCCACCACCCGUAGUGCCCUCCCUUGGCGAGUACCGGCUUCUCCCCCAAGCUGUUUGAUUGACAAUA